AUGGUAUACUUACAUUUUCCUUCCAAUUUAACGGAAGAAGAGUUAAUGCUACAGGCAAAGUACCAAAAGUUGAAGAAGAAGAAAAAGGCUCUACAAGCACUAAAAGCUCCUAAACAGGAGCCCGAAAAGCCAAUAUUACCGAAACGACCAACUGAAGCUCGUGACGCUCGUGAAAUAGCUCGCAAGUUGAUAAAAAGCGGUGCUAUUCAAGCCAUCAAAAGUCCACCGCCACAACCACAAAAUGCUACUUUUAAACGCCCUAGAGCUGGCAGAGAGCGAAAGCUUAGUGGGUCUGCAGGUGCAACAGGUGGCGUAGCAUCGUAUCAGCCUUUUAGUGCAUCACAAGAGCCUCCACCUCCUGAGGAGAAACCAGCUCCUCGAGUCAAGUACCUGUAUGACUCAUUUGUAACUGCAAGGGAAAAAGAGGAAAAAGCCCGUAAUCAUCUUAAUGCUGGACUCGGUCCUGUGGGACCAACUGAACCUGCUACCCCUCCCCUACAAGCCCUACCCCCACCACCACCCAACAAGAUUUCAGUUCUUCUGGUGUGUGGUCCCCGCAUUUCAGAAGAAACGAUCAGGCGUCGUUUGGCCACAUAUGAACCGUUUAGUUUCCAACAAGAACCUGAUGAUGAUAAGGCAUUUUUAUCAUUCGACACGCCAGAAAUCGCUACCCAAGCUCUUGCAUCAAUGGAAGGCCUGGAAGAAAGUUGGCGAGUAUCUUUUGCCAGAGGAAAACCGCCGUCGCAGGCCGGUUCUUGGACCCCCGCAACACAGACAACUCGCAACCAACCCGCACCCAAGGAUCCAAAGCGUACUUUACUGACUUAUGAUGAUAUAUUUGAUUAA